AUGACCACCACAAUCCAGCUCAAAGCUACGCUCUACUGGAAGCUUGUCUUCGAGUAUAACAACUCCGAUAACUCGGGCCAGAUCGUCCAGUCCUACACCGCGAAGGUGUACAGCGAGUCCACUCGCAGCACAUUUUCCGAGACGGUGUCUCGCACCACUACCGAUAUCAUGGAGAAGGAAGGCAUAACGUCUGCAGCUGACGCAUCGUGGGGCCCUGUGUCGGCCAACGUGUCCGCCUCUUACGAGCAUUCCGAGGAAGUCAACUAUAUGCUUGAGCAAACGACCAAGUUGACGGGUGAAGAUGUGUACAAAAAGGAGACAGAGGAGACGCGCUCUUACACGAUUGGCCCUGGAGGAAAGCUCAAUCUCUAUCAGCAAUACCUCUCUGGGCCGGGCUUGAAUGCCGCAUACAAUGUCUUUAGCACUGAGCCGAAGCGAGAGAAUGAGCGUACAGAAGUCAUCAUCGAUGUUGUUGUUGAAGCUGUCGAGUUUAUCAGGAAUAUCAGGGUCGUCUACACGGAUUCCCCUACUGAGGCCCCGACCGACCGUAUCCGUGAGCUUAAUGGCGGAAACGCCGACGUCAACGCUGACAAAAAGGGAAACUACGUCUGGCUCGUGCCCGAGUAUACCAGGAAGUACAAAGAUGCGUUGACUGGCUUGGACUUCGUCCAACAGGACCACAAGGACGACAGGUACAUGGACCUUGCCAAAGGGGCGGGCGGUAGUUACCGUUACCUCGUCCCCGCGUACAACACACGCGAGAAGAACAAGUUCACCGAAUGCACCCUCCUCCGCUCCAAUCACGGCAUCUCUCUCAGUCAAGUCAAAAAUUGGGGUUGGUCAGGUAUGACCCUGGAUAUCAACGCUGGUCGCGGAGGCGAUUUUCUCUAUGUGCUCUGGAAGACGCGCUAUGCCUACUAG